CUCUCUCUCUCUCUCUCUCUCUCUCUCUCUCUCUCUGGUGUACACCUACCCCUCGUCCUGCAGGCGACCAGAGGGGAGUGGAGCCGGCACAGACAGGUAGCGGCUUUGGUGGAUGCUCCCGCCUGCAUUCCUCCACCAUGCCGGUCCGGAGUGGAUGCUGUGCGCUCGCCCUCCAUGUCACCGUGCGCGUCAAAGUUUGAGAUUUCAUGACGCAGCAGUGGAUGAGCAGGAUGCCCUGAGCCGAUUCCACAAUCCGAAGCGCAUGGAUCCUUAGACCAUGGCUGAUCUGGAGUGCGGCUUUGAGGAGAUGCAGGGAGUCCGGCUCGGCUACCUGCUCAUCAAAGGCAAACAGAUGUUCGCUUUGUCUCAGGUCUUCACCAACCUGCUGAAGAACAUCCCCAGGACCACCGUGCACAAGCGCAUGGACCACCUUAAGGUGAAGAAGCACCACUGCGACCUGGAGGAGCUGCGGAAGCUCAAAGCGAUUAACUCCGUUGCGUUCCACGCCGCCAAAUGCACGCUCAUCUCGCGCGAGGACGUGGAGGCUCUGUAUUUCUCCUGCAAGACGGAGCGGGUGUUGAAAUCCAACAAAAGGAAAGCGAAAGCACCGAAGGUAGAGGAGGAGGAAGAGGAGGCGGAGGAGGAAGAGGAUGCAUCCUCUGGACUCCUCCGCAAAGACGAGGAGCUAUGGGAGGAAAAAGUUUGGUUUAGUUUGCACGGAGUCCCCGGCGGGAGGAGAGAGCUGCGUCCUUACCUUACCGACUCCAAACUACCUCAGUUUUACCAUAAAAGCCACACACGGGAUCAGCGCACGGCGGCGCGCUCCGCUCACAAACAUUUUAAAAACUAUGAAACUGCCAAAAUAAUCGGAAACUACGUGACUUUGAGCCAAAGACGAGCGUUUUUCCGGCAGCCGGUGGCGCUUCAGUCCAGGCUCUCGCGCUCAGAUCCGCUGCACAAAAGGAAGAGGAGGCGAGAGGGAGGCAGCGCGAGACACUCGUGGAGCAGGAGCAGACACGAGUACCAUCUCCACCACACACCGCCGGUGCUGCUCGUGCAACAAAAAUCCGGCAGCUCUUUGGGCGCGUUCCACCUCGAUCCGGAUUUCUACCUUCAUCAUUAUCACCAUCAUCAUCAUCACCACCACCACCACCACCACCUCCUCCCACCGAGUUUCCCGGAGAGCUACAGCAGCGACACCGAGUCCAGCACCUACCAAGACUCCGACUUCGGGUCUGGCUGUUCCACCAGCAGCAGCUCGGAGGAGGAGGAUGAGGAGGAAGAUGACACGCAGUCAGAGAGUUCAGAGGUCAGCUCAGACGACGAGGAGAGCUCCUCUCAAUCGGAUUCCAGCUCCGUGUCGAGCCGUGUGUCGGUUCAGAGUAUCAGGUUCAGGCGGGCCCGGGUCGGAUCUUUGGCAAAAAAUGCACCUUUGGUUCUGCAGCCCACGUUUCACUACAACAAUCAGGACCAGUCGCGGGAGCGCGCGACCGUGGACCCUGGGCAGAGGACGAGUGACUUUCUGCUGCCACAAAGUUUGUUCACAGAGUCCAGGAGGGAAAAUGAGGCGCAAAACGCGACUGACCCCGUGGAGGAGGCGCGGGGCUCAAACAGGACCAGAACCGUUCACCCCGCGCACAGGACACCGGUGCCCUCCAACCCCGCCAAAUGUCCGGAACAGGACAAAGAGACCAGGGAAACGAAAAAAGUAAUCUCUCCGCUGAAAAAAGUCAAGACGGAGGUGGAGGAGCGGUGCGUGACCGCCGCGCCCCCUGACAGCGGCGGAGCGGCGGCAGAGCCGUUCAGCCUCCACAGUGUCAAAGUUAAAGUGGAGGAAAGCUGUGAUGAAUAUGAAUGCCACAAAUGGAGGCCAGCAGACAUCAAAGCCAGUCCCGAUGUGGCCCCCGGGUCCCCCUGUGGAGCACCUCAGGAAUGUCGGAGCAGCCAGGAAAGCCCGAGCGCCGAGGAGGAGGAGGAGCACCCGAACAAAAGCUGCAGUCGGAAGAAACCCCGAGUGUGCAGGGCGCAGAGCAGCCGGGUCCACAAACCCGACGAAGGAUCUGCCGAGGAUUUACCGAGCAGGCGCAAACGCGGCAGCGCCGGGCCGUCGCCCACAAAAACGCCUUUCAGCCUUUUGGCACACUUCCCGACGCCGCCGUCGCUGGUUAUUGGCAGCGACGGGGAUCUGUGGCCCGCGUACUCCCUGAGGUGGCCGAGGGGCCCCGGGCCUCCCCCUCUGUCCCACCCCGUGUGGAGGUGGCAGCCAGGCGGACACAUUCUCCCUCCCCCACCCGCUCAAAGGACCAGGAAAUAGACAGAGGAAAAGCCGCACCUUCAGCUGGAGUCUUUACGCACCAAAUGGCUCACCUCUCUCUCUCUCUCUCUCUCUCUCUCUCUCUCUGAUUGGAUUUACAUAGUCUUUUUAGAAGUUUGAUGGAGGAAAUCCAUUACGAACCCUCUUUUGAAGCCUUCAAAAUCCGCGUACAGGACUGUGUGCGCCAUCGUGGAUUUAACCGUAAAAACACUUUGAAAUACAAAUACUGAGCAAUACGGUCUAAAAAAUGCUUUCCUUUUAUUUGUUUGACCCGUUGGAUUGUUCGGUAACAGGAAUUCAGUGUAUUUGUCUGACUGGAGGGAAAUCCCAGCAUGGAAGGAUCUGAACCUGAGAGCAGUUUUGGUUUGGUCAUUUAAAACAAAAAGGUUUCCCCAUCCUGCAGUGCCACGUGGUGCAUUUUAUGAAUCAAAGUUGCUUUGUAUUAUCAGUCCAUGUGCUGAAAUUGAUUUUAUUAGCGUUUUUAUUGCAGCAUUUCUUGCAUUUAGCAGAAACUUCAUCCUGCUGGUUGUGGAAUUUUAAAAAUUGUUUGUUUGGUUUUUUUUAAACGGCUGUCUGAUUAAGAUAAUCGUCCACCAGUUUGAUUAUUGAUUAACCUCUUAUAUCUUUGCAAAUUUUGAGUUUCCUCCAGCUUCUUCAAAGUGGAGAUUUGCUUCUUUUUCAGUUUAAUUUGACACAAUUUGAAAUAGUUUAUGGUGGUUUUUCAAAAUCUGGAUUGUAUUAUAAAAACAAACAAAAGCUUAAACCAGAGGUGAUCUAAUUCAGAAUUGGUUUAAACUGGCUGCAAACCAGUUUUACAUUUAACUACAUAUUUGUGUUAAAGAGUUCUACACCAUCAUCAGACACUUUGCAGUUUAAAAGUGAAAUGAGAUGUUUUUGAAAAAACAUAAUUCAAAGCACAGCAACCAUAGGCUGCUCUGAAAGUGUUUUAUAUGAACAUAGUUCAACUGCAACACAGUUGUUUUUGGACUGGUUUUAAGUUCUUGUGAUAGAAAGCUAAACGUUUGUCAAGUGAUUUGAAACAGUCAUAAAGUGUAACCUGCUUAAAAUAUUUAAAAACACAUUUUAAACUUUUUAAAACUAUUGUUUGAGAUGUGUUUUCAAACAAAUCUGUUUAAUGAAUUGGUUUCACAUUUCUCAUAAAUGAAAGAAAAUAAUUUAAUGUGGCUAAAUUGAACAUUAUUUGGUUUUAAAAUAAUUUCAAACAUGGUUAACAAUUAUUUGGAUUGUGUCACUUGUAAUGAGAAAUGAGCUGUUUUUGAACUGGUUUCAUAUGGUUGAAUAGCAUAAAGUGGAUUUAAUCUGGUUCAAUUAAAAGAAAACUCAAACAGUUACAGUUCAAAGUGGAUUUUAAAUUUUUGAAAUAUAUUUAAAUCAAACUGGUUAAAACUUGCUUUAAACUGGUUAAAUUUGAGAAAAGCAAUAUCUUAUAUUGCAUAUCCUUGUGUUUGGGGAAUGAUAUGUAGUCACAUGAUUGGAAUUUAUAAUAAUUAUUUU